AUGGAUUUUAAAAAAGUCUUAAUUUUCUCUCCGUAUAAUGGUGUAACACCGGCUACGUUCAUCGAACAUCAUAAUGUUUAUCAGGCGUCGUAUCUUACCGCAUUACCGCAUUCUGGAUCUGAGAAU